AUGGCACCAAAAAGAAAAUCUAACAUAGUCCCCGUAAAUGCUACUUCAAAAAAAGGAUCGAAACAAUCUACAUCAAAAAAUAGAAGCUCAUUAAAUACAAUUGAAGCAAGAUCUAAGAAAGAUAAAUCCGUAGAGGAAAUAUUCUCAGACUCAGAAAAUGUCGCAGAAGAAAUUGAACAAGAAUUAACUAUAACAAAAAGAAGUUUACCUAAUACUGAAGAAGCAAGAUUUAAGAAAGACAACUUCGUGCUGGUAGUUCCCCCGGAAAUAGAAACUGUUGCAGAAGAAUCUGAACAAGAACAAAGUAUGUUGAGGAAAAGAAGCCUACCUAAUCCCGCUGAAGUAAGAUCUAAGAAAAAAAAAACUAUACGUGAGAUUCCCUCAGAAAUAAUAGAUUUAGAAACAGUUGCAGAAGGAUCUGAACAACAAGGGCAAGGUUUGUCAAGAUCAAACUGUUUGCUACAGAUAUUUAGAAAUGAAACUAACAGUCUUUUUAAACAAAAAGAAAAUUUACGUUUUUUCAAUGAAAUAACAAAUGAUAAUAUUCCUGCAUUAAUUCCAGAUCGUCCAAACAUCAGAAAUAAUUUAGAAUCGUAUACAGAAUUUGAAAUUGCCAAUUUUGUUGCGGAUCAUCCUUCAAUAUUGGAACUGGCUAAUAUUCUUAAAGAAUCUAAAAGCGUAACGGCUGGAAAUUCUGGAAAUUGCAAAUUGCCAGCUUUUUCUUUUCAGAAAGAAAAAGGUAUAAAUAACAAACUUUUGAUAGAAGAGCUUAAGCUCCUAUUUCUGAAGUGUCAAAAACCAAAUUCGCAUGUUUUUAAUGCGAUUAUUUGUGGAAUUUAUCCAGAUUUGAAGGAUAAACUUCAUCAGGAAACGGCAAAGAACAUUCAUCAUGAAUGCGUGCUAAAAAUAGCAGACUAUAGGCAUAAAUACGUGAAAAAAAUAUCUGAAAUGGUGAAUGCUUACAUAAAAAAUGAAGAAAAUGAUACAGUUGAAGAAUAUGUUGGCAAUUCUUGGCGGAAUAUUUUGUCUAUGCAUCUUCGUGCUAUUCAAAAAGAUGAAUUUGAAUCGUCAAAAGAUGAUCAAGAACAACUUAAAAAAUUUGUAAUAGAAUCAUUUAAAAUUGUUCAUAAUUAUGAACUAAAUAAGGAUGGUGCAGCCAUUGAUCCUCCAGGGGAUAUAAUUAAAAAAACUUUAGAUCGUAUUACUUUAGAAAUUAAAGUUCCUUCCGUAUCAAAGCAUAACAUUGUAAAUAAUCUAGAUCUCAAAAAACUACUUAGAUAA